AUGUUACGGUCGUGUGUUCUCUUCGUAAUUUGUUCUUGUGCUUUAGCAUCUCAUUAUGAUACUUGGCCGUUUACACUAGCAGAUAAAUACAUAGAAGAAUUCAAAACCAAUGUAGAAGAAUUCAAAAAAUUCGCACAGACUUAUCACCACCAUGAAGAAAUUAAGUAUGAAGUGGUAGAAGAGGAUUUGACAGAAGCGACCAAACAUGCGGCUCAUUAUGACUUCAUCAUAGUCGGCGGUGGUACUUCCGGUGCAAUUUUGGCAUCUCGCUUAUCAGAAAUCCCCGAAUGGAAAAUCCUACUAUUGGAAGCCGGCGAACCCGAAACAAUAGCAACCAAAGUCCCCAAAAAUUGGGAAUUACUGAAAAACACCCCCUAUAAUUGGGGAUACAGUACCACCCCCCAAAACUACUCCUGCUUAGGAAUGGUUGACCAUAAAUGUGUUAUCCCCACUGGCCGAGCCUUGGGCGGUACCACCGCUAUUAACUCCAUGGUAUACACCCGUGGGAACCCCCGCGACUACGAUUUGUGGUCCGACUUGGGAAAUGAAGGAUGGUGUUGGGCUGACGUUCUCCCUUAUUUCAAAAAAUUAGAAGAUGCCCAUUUUGCACCCUUCGAUAAAAAGUACCACCAUUUUGGAGGCCCCCAACACCUCGAACACCCUCAAUAUUUACGAUUUUUGACCGAUCAUACCCUCGACGCGGCCAAAGAGCUAGGCUUACAUCUUGUAGAUUAUAACGGGAAAAACCAAAUUGGGAUUAGUGUACCACAAGUGACCACCAAGUGUGGCAGAAGAUUUAGUACCGCUGAAGCUUAUCUCGAACAUGCAGCAAAACGAGAAAACCUCAUAGUCAAACCUUUGAGCCAAGUUUUAAAAGUUUUGAUUAGUACUCACACUAAAGAGGCGCAAGGGGUUGUUUAUUUACACGAAGGAAAAAUUUUUGUAGCCAAAGCUGAAAAAGAAGUCGUCCUAGCUGCUGGUGCCUUAAACACUCCAAAAAUUUUAUUAUUAUCAGGGAUUGGCCCUAAAGAAGAUUGCGAGAAGCUUCAUAUUCAUCAUUUAGCUGACUUAAAAGUUGGUUAUAACUUAAAAAUAAGACCAAGUUUUGUCGGUUUGGACUUCCUCUACACUGGAGAAGAAGCCCAAGGCCAUGACGAGUACCACGACAUUCUCAAGUACCUCAAAUACGGCAAAGGUCCUCUCACAUCACCCGGAAUCGAAGCUUUGGCGUUCCUCAAAACCAACAUUUCUAAAUCACCCUCAACGUACCCCGACAUCGAAUUAAAAUUCCUCUCGCGGUACCACCCCCAACAAGAUCUCUACUCUUGGAUGAAACCCACUCCGAAACACUACGACUCACUCUGGAAGCCUCUCGAAGCCCACAAUUGCCUCAAAAUCAUCGUCACACUCAACCAUCCUAAAUCUUCAGGAAUUGUCAAACUCCACACAUCAAAUCCUCUCCACCCUCCAAUCAUAGAACCCCAUUUCUUGUCAGAUGAAGAUGAAAAAGACUACCACACGAUUUUAGCCGGUAUUAAAAAAGCCCUCAAGUUUAGCCACACUGAAGCUUUCAAGAAAAUUGGAAUCAAAUUGAACCAUCAUGGAGUCCAUGGAUGUGAGGAGACAGAGUUUGGUACUGAUGCGUACUGGGAAUGUGCGAUUAAAUAUUUGGUGGUAGCCACGGAGGAUGUGAGUGGUACUGCCAAAAUGGGGCCCGAAAGUGACCAUUAUGCUGUUGUUGAUAAGAAAUUGAGGGUACAUGGGAUACAUAAUUUGAGGGUAGCCGAUGCGAGUGUCAUUCCGGUGACCAUGAGUGGAAGUUUAGUGGGACCAACAAUGGUAAUUGGGGAAAAAGCAGCACACAUUAUUAUGGAAGAAUGGAUAGAGCAUUAGAGUAGUUUAAUUUCACACCACUUGAUCUCUGUACUUCUGCUGACCAAUAAAUUUUAUAUUAUAUUUUA